AUGCAGCCGAGCCGCGGCGACGUGGCGACGGACGAUUAUGAGGUGCCGGCCAACUUCACCGUCGGCGCGCUGUGCCUCGCCGUCGAGAAGGGCGACCCGCACUUCACGGGCGCUGACGGGUCGCACUUUGACUUCUCCGGCCUCCCCAACCAUCAUUUCGCGCUCAUCUCCGACGCGCACUUGCAGGUCAACGGCUACUUCGGCGGGCGGUUCGGCACGUGGGGCAACGCCACCAAGGCGCUGACGUGGAUUCGCUCCCUCGGGAUCAUGUUCGGCCACCACACCGCCGUGCUUCACGCCCGAAACGGCUCCUCCGCCGACUAUGGAAACGGCUACCUGGGCCGCGUGACGGUCAACGACCGGCCGGUUAGGGUACCGGCGCCGGGGACGAGAGUCAAUCUCUGGCCGGGCGCGUCGCUGCGGUGGGUGGAGGCGCGGCUCCGGAGCGGGGACGACCUAGUCGACGUGUACGACCUGCUUAUAACGGAUAUGGGCACGCUGCGGCUGACGCUGCGACCCGAGGUGAAGAACCUGCGAACUGGAGACGACGGCGUGGUGCAUUUCGGCAUCGACGUUCUAGGCUGCACGUUCUCGACGGCCGUGCACGGCGUGUUGGGACAGACGUUCCGCCCCGACUUCCACGGACGACUGUACGUUGGGUUGGGCGUGGGUGCAAGCCAGGUGUGCGCGCAAACUCUUCGUUACGCCUUGUCCCCCUUCUCCCACCUCUCCUCCCCUACAGACCCGACUCAGGAGCUCUUAGUGCAACCCUCUGCUGCGCGCCAAUGCCUCAUUCCCUCCCAACCAACCCCUUUCCCCCCGCUUCUCUUCCCCCCUUCCCUCUACAGCGCGAACCAGGAGCUCAAAUACAAUCCGCUGCUGCGCGCCAAUGAGCUCAAGUACAACCCGCUGCUGCGCGCCAAUGCCGUGCCGGGCGACAACGCGGAGGGCUUCAUCGACGGCAGCGUGGAGGACUAUCUCGUGUCGGACCUCCUUAAAGCGGACUGCCGCUUCUGCCGCUUCUCGCGCUCCCCUGAGGUCGACUCGGAGCUCGCGCACGCGCUGUCGCUCCUGCGCGUGAAACUGCCCAGAAAGUUCUUCCCCCAGCCGUGGUUCGGGCGGAAAGGGAAGGGGAAAGGGAAGGGGAAGGGGAAGAAGAAGGGGAAGAAGGCGGGGAAUAAGCGGGGCGGGGGGCGGAAGGGUGGGCUGAAGAGCUGGUUGAGGAAGAAGGCGGCGGGAGGGGUUGGGAGCGGUGCAGAGGGGGGAAAGAGGGGCAGUGUGAAGAGUAAGAUUGCAAGGCUUUUCGGGAGGAGAACGGAGUCGUUGUGA